GGAGUUUGGAGAUAAUUCCUCAGUUCUCUGCAACACAUGCUGGCUUAUUCUUCUCCUGGCGUAAAUGGAAGGCCUCUGUGUGAUGAUGGAUCACUCAACCAGUAUCCUGCUCACACUGCUGAUCCUUGCUCUGCCUAGUGCUCAUGGUGGGAAUGUUCUGGUGUUCCCGUUGGAUGGCAGUCAUUGGGUGAACAUGAAAAUCCUGACUGACGAGCUGCAUUCCAGGGGCCACAAUGUUACAGUGGUGCGGGCAUCAAAUAGCUGGUACAUCAAAGAAACAUCUCCGCACUACACUUCAAUCACAAUCCCAAAUACAGGGGGAUUUGAGGAGCAGGAUUUUGGCUCAUUUGUCUCCAAAUUAAUACAGAUUCGAAGGGAAGGUAACUCUGCCUGGGCUCGUCUCAGUAUGGAAAUGGAGAUUCUAAAGCAGUUUUCAGACUUGCACAGAAAUCUGGGUGAAAUGAUUAUUCAAAUGUUUGAGGAUGAGAAGUUAAUGCAGUCUCUGCGGAAUGCUCACUAUGACGUAGUUCUGACUGAUCCUGCCCUUGGUGGUGGGGUACUGUUGGCACACUACCUCAGUCUUCCUCUAGUUUUCAAUGUCAGAUGGACCGUAGAAGGGGAGGCUCAUUUUGCAAUUGCUCCUUCACCACUAUCAUAUGUUCCUUUCCCAGGGGCAGAAUUAACUGACAGCAUGAGCUUCUCACAACGUGUUAAGAACAUGCUAUGUUAUGCUUUUGGAUGUAUGCAGAUUUCAUAUAUUACAAAACCUGUUUACACUGCUCUUACUCAUCGUUAUUUUGGCCCUGGAGUCGACUACCUUUCACUUUUUCAGGCAGCUGAUAUAUGGCUCAUGAGGAAUGAUUUUGUGUUUGAAUUCCCACGGCCCACCAUGCCCAAUGUGGUUUACAUGGGAGGAUUCCAGUGCAAGCCUUCCAAGCCCCUUCCCCAAGACCUGGAGGACUUUGUUCAGAGCUCUGGAGAACAUGGUGUCAUUAUCAUGUCUUUGGGCACUUUAAUUAGCCAGCUUCCCCAUGAUUUAACUGCAGAGAUAGCUGCUGCUUUUGCUCAGCUUCCUCAGAAAAUCAUCUGGAGGUAUACAGGGGAAAGACCAACGACUCUGGGCAACAACACCUUACUGGUCGACUGGAUGCCACAGAAUGACCUCCUUGGACAUCCUAAGACCAGGGCUUUUGUAGCACAUGGAGGAACCAAUGGAGUUCAAGAGGCCAUUUACCACGGUGUUCCAAUAGUUGGUCUUCCACUGAUUUUUGAUCAGCCUGACAACCUUUUUAGAAUGGGAGCGAGGGGAGCAGCUAAGAUUGUGGAUAUUGCCAAUUUAGACAGGAGUGUCUUCCUCCAGGCCAUACAGGAAGUGCUUCAUGACCCGUCCUACAGGAUGAACAUGCAGAUGCUGUCCAGGCUGCACCAGGACCAGCCAAUGAAACCACUGGACCGUGCAAUCUUCUGGGUCGAGUAUGUCAUGAGACACAAGGGUGCUGCUCACCUGCGCACUGAGUCCUACAAGAUGCCCUGGUACUCCUAUCACUCUGUAGAUGUGAUAGCAGUGUUGUUAGCUGCAAUAUUGCUAAUCAUAGUGACUACUAUAGCUGUUAUCAAAUUUCUGUGCUGUUGGGCAUAUUAUAAAAGAAAAAUAAAAUGUGAAUGACUGGGGAAUCCUUUCUCAUUCAUGUGAAACCAGACAGUGUUUUCAGUGACUAGGUUUUGUAUUUCAGUAAUCUUGUUCUACUUUCCUGCAUGUCCUAUCUUCAA